AUGCCCGCCCAAACACCCCGGAGAACGACAAGAGACUCGCUCAGAAAUCAGGCUACACCGAACUCGGUCCUGUCGCUCCGGGCGUACACCCCCACCACCACCGCCAAAUCGGUCACCACAUUGACCUGGCUCGGCAAACCUCGCGCCACAGAAGUCCAGAAAGACAAGUCGGUCCGUACAUACUACAACGCUUUCGACCGGCUGAUAUCCUACGGCGGGGGCCAUACCCCCAGUCGGAAAAAGAGCAAAAAACAGGACGAGAUCAGCCGGUUUACCGUUGGAGAUGGCGUACAUAUCAUCACCGAGGCGGGCUUGGCUGUCGGGGUGAUAAUUGCCUUGUGGGAAGAGGAAGAUGCCGAGAAAGACGGAGAAGAAGAGAGUGGCGAUGAGUCCGAAGAGGAAGAAGGCACUCGAAUGCGUGCCAGGAUACAUUGGGCGUCAAGCGAAGCCGACCUGCCGAGCGAGAUGCGAUCUGAUCUCAAAACCAGAGAAAACGAAGUGUUCAUUCAAUACUCUCUCAGUCCGAAGACACGCUCCGUGACAGAAGACAUCCCUCUUUCAGCUAUCCACGCCAACAUCCCUAUCUUAUCCCGAGAUACAUUCCUUCACCAAUAUGCCGAUGACUUUCAAGAGAAGAGAAAAGGCGGAUGGGGUGGCUGGGAUAUCCACGUAGAGGGUGUCUACUGGUGUGAAAGAGCAUUGGACUCUCUUGGGGCAGGGUCGCCCUGUUACUCUUUCGACAUUGACGAGUGGCGGGGUAACGGCAAACAAUCCGGGGAUUGGGGUAUCCACGACCUUUCCCUGAUUCCACGUACUACAAGCACGGGACAUUCUGUAAAAACGAAAAAGGCGGAAGUGGUCGUCGAGUCCGGGGAUGAGGGCGAGAGUGAUGGCAGCGGAGACAAUUUUAAAGCUCAAAGCGAAGACGAAGGCGAAGAAAUGGAAGAGGAUGAAGGCGACGUCGAGGAAGAGCUCUGUGCACCCCCUUCAAAACGAAGGAAGGUGGCCAAGCCGAAACCCGCCAAGAAACCUAGAGCCGCCCCCGUCAAGCGAACCAAAUCUAUCCCAGCUCCCAAAGCAGUCAAAUCAAAACGAAAAGUUCAUCCUCAGACAUCGGCAUCAGCUCUACCCAGCGAAACCAUGGAUAUCGAAAAGCUGCCCGUGGACCCCUUCGAGAGAGCGUUGAGACUGCUGCAUGUUGGGGCUACGCCAGACAGUCUACCAUGCCGAGAAGAGGAAUUUGUGGAUGUAUUGAGCAAGGUCGAAGAGGGUGUUGAGAGUGGAGGCGGUGGUUGUCUUUAUAUCGCGGGCACGCCUGGUACUGGCAAGACAGCCACAGUCCACGCGGUCGUCAAAGAGCUCAGACGUAAAGCUCAAGACGGCGAGAUCCCCGCUUUCUCUUACGUCGAGAUCAACGGUCUCAAAAUACCUUCACCACAGCAUGCCUAUACUGUAUUAUGGGAGGCUAUCAGCGGAUCGCAAGGGACGAGUGCAAAGACUGCUCUGAGAGGUCUCGAGGGUCAUUUCAGCAAAAAGUCUGGAGUCGCGAGAGGGCCGAGAGGGCAUACUAUCGUCGUCUUGAUGGACGAACUCGACCAGCUUUUGACCUCCAAGCAAGACGUCGUUUACAACUUUUUCAAUUGGCCCACCAUGCGUGACUCUCGCCUCUACGUGAUUGCUGUUGCCAAUCGUAUGGACCUCCCCCAACAGCUCGCAGCCAAGAUCAAGUCUCGUCUCGGCUUGCAGAGCAUCAUGUUUGAGACAUACAAGAAAGACCAUCUGGUUAGCAUCGUGCAGUCGAGGCUUGUGCCGCAUCCAAAGGCGCCGAGUCAAGAUCCAAAGGUUCUGUUGCCGGAUGCGAUUGCACUGGCGGCUAUAAAGAUGGCAGGUACGAACGGUGAUGCGCGACGGGUUUUGGAUGCUUGUCGAAGAGCGGUGGAGAUCGCUAUAGAGAAUGGCAAGAACCCACAAGCGUCCGUCUCUGGUGCCCCACCCAAACCCCCUGGCCCUCAGCCGGUGACCUCUAGGCAGAUGAACGCCGUCCUAAACAUCAUGUCUUCCUCCCCUACCGCCAAAUAUAUUCAAGCUUGCUCUCUACAGCAAAAAGUCAUGCUUGCCGCGGUGGUCCGCUGCGUCAUGCGCCAAGGAUUGUCCGAAGUAUCGUGGAAGAGCGUCAAAGACGACCAUGAUGCUUUGACGAGAAAUCUUCUAGCGGAUACAACCACGGGAGAGGCUGGUGUGGCGGCUGACGCAGCUCUACUGUCGAAUGCUGAGCUGGCGAUCGUGUUGAGCGGUCUGACGAGCUCGCAUGCUUUACUGUGCUCGACGAAUUUGAGCAAGGGGCUAGAUGAAAGAAAGAUUGCGUUGGGAAUGGAGGUGAGAGAGGUGGGAACGGCUUUGACGAAUGAAGGAGACGAUUGGAGGAGGGUUAUGGCGGGGCUGUAG